AUGCCCGAGAUCACAAUUCGAAAGCGACCCCAGGCAGAGGCAGUCAUCACCCAGCGCAAAUUCUUCAGGAAGACCGCGAGGGGGAAAGUUAUCAAAGUUCUCCGGGAGCGUUAUUUGCGCACCGAUGUGAGCUGCGGAGUGCAGCACUGCUCGGCAUGCUCGCAGCUAGACCAUUUCUCUGAAGGUUCAUCUACGUCCGCGGAACUUCCACAAUUCGGCGACAAAUCUCACUCAUCUUACCCCGAUGGCCAUUUCGUGCUGCCCGACACGAAUAUCUUCCUGGCUCAGAUGGAUCUACUCGAAUCCUCCUUGUUUCGUGCUCCGAUCAUCGUUUUACAGACUGUGAUGGAAGAAAUUCGACAUCGAUCACUCCCUCUGUUCAAUCGGUUGAAGUCCUUGAUCCAUGGCGACGAAAAGAAGAUAUGGGUUUUCUACAACGAGUUCAGAUCCGAAACGGCUGUCGUCAGAGAGGAGGAAGAGACGCCGAAUGAUCGAAACGAUAGAGGAAUUAGGAAGGCGACAUCAUGGUAUAACGAGCACAUACAAACUCAUUGCCGCGCUACCACUUCGACACGUUCAAAGUCUCGCAGCAGCCCGCCAGCGCCGACGGUAGUCCUCAUUACCAACGAUGUGGCCAAUCGGCGCAAGGCGGAGAAGGAGAAGACCCCUUGCUCCUCUCUUCGCCGGUAUAUCGAGGGCGCGAAAGACGCGACGCAGCUUAUGGAUCUUCUAGCAGCCACCGGGGUUGACGAAGACGAUGAAGGGAAGGAGGAUAGAGAGAUCCAACCAACUGAGGCCGAAGCGGCUAGAAAAGAGGUCUAUGAGGAACACCUCCCUGCUUCUAUUCUCCUCGCCGGCAUUAAAGCCAAAACUCUUCAUCAAGGCCAUUUCAACGCUAACCAGUAUAAUUAUCUCGAGAGCACCGUAUCAGUCCCGGCAUUCCAAAAGCCAGUGCUAAUCAUCGGGAGGAUGAAUAUGAACCGAGCCGUGCAGGGUGAUAUGGUGUGCAUCGAAGUGUUUCCCGAGAGCGAAUGGAGAGCGCCAGGAGACGAGGUUGUUGAAAGGGAUGCCACCUUGAAAGACGACGACGCGGGGGAUGAAGAGGACGAAGAAGGCGAAGAGAUGGAAGACGAUGUCAUAGAGAGGGAGCGGCGGAAAUCGAGGCUCGAGGCAAAGCAGGAGGAGGAACGCCUCAAAAGACAGCAAGAGAGGCAGCCAACCGGCAGAGUCAUCGGUAUCAUCAAGCGGAACUGGCGUCCUGUCGUGUGUCACAUCGACCCCAUCACCCUUCCUCCGGCCUUGGCGUCUGGAACGUCCACCUCGCGCGGCCUGACACCCCUCCUCGCCAUCCCCGCAUCCCCACUCCUCCCCCGCAUCCGCAUCCGUACGCGCCAAGCCCCCUCCCUCAUCGGCCAGAAGCUCCUCGUCGCCAUCGACACCUGGCCCAUCAACAAGCGCAACCCCGAAGGCCACCUCGUUCGCCGGCUCGGCGCCGUCGGUGAUAAAGACACGGAGCAGGAGAGUCUGAUGCUGGAGUUCGGAGUGGUUUAUGCGCCGUUCGGAAAGAGGGUCAUGGAGUGCUUGCCGGAAGAGGAUGAUAAGUGGGUCGUGCCGCCGAAACCUAGGCCGGACCACGGUGAUGUUGAUGUGAAGGCGAAGACUAUAUGGAGAGACAGGGAAGAUCUGAGGGACAUGAUCAUUUGCAGCAUCGAUCCUCCUGGUUGCCAGGAUAUCGACGAUGCUCUUCAUGCGCGACAUCUUCCGAAUGGCAACAUCGAGGCUGGCGUUCAUAUUGCCGAUGUAUCUAACUUCGUUCUCCCUGAUACACCCAUGGAUACCGAGGCGGCAUCGAGGGGUACCACCGUCUACCUCGUCGACAAGCGAGUGGACAUGUUGCCUGCCCUUUUGGGCACCAACCUAUGCUCCCUACGCCCACACGUCGAAAGGCUGGCUUUCUCGGCGAUCUGGGAAUUGACCCCGGACGCCGAUAUCGUGAACGUCAGGUUCACGAAGUCAGUCAUCGCGUCCAAGGCUGCCUUCACAUACGAAGAGGCGCAGAUCAGGAAAGACGACCCACAUCUCCAAGACGAGCUCACGACUGGCAUCCGCCUACUCAAUUCACUAGCGAUCAAGCUAAAGGCGAAGAGGAUGGCCGCAGGCGCUUUGAACCUCGCCUCCCCAGAGGUGAAGAUCCACCUCGACAGCGCCGAAUCUUCCGACCCCAUCGACGUGGAACAAAAAGAGCUGAGAGAAACGAAUAGCUUGGUCGAGGAGUUUAUGUUACUCGCUAAUGUCAGUGUGGCGCAGAAAAUACAGGAAACUUUCCCCCAGACAGCCGUCCUACGGCGGCACAUGCCUCCACCUAAGGGGAACUUCGAGAAGCUCCAGGAUAUCCUCAUGAAGCGCAAGGGUCUGAGUCUCGAUGUCUCAAGUUCCGGUUCUCUCGCGGCGUCGUUGGAUCUUUGUCUCGAUCCAUCUGAACCUGCUUUCAACACUCUAGUGCGCAUCAUGGCGACUCGAUGCAUGCUGUCUGCGGAAUACUUCUGCUCGGGCAGCGUGAGUAGAGAUACCUUUGGUCACUACGGUCUCGCAAGUCCCAUCUACACUCACUUCACCAGUCCUAUCCGUCGUUAUGCCGAUGUUCUCGCGCAUCGUCAAUUGGCUGCAGCGAUCGGCUACACCACGCUCCACCCAUCACUGCAUUCCGCUCAAAAUGUCGACAGAAUACUAGAUGUAGUAAACCGAAGGCAUCGCAUGGCGCAGAUGGCCAGUCGGGCUAGUGUCGAGUUCUAUGUCGGUCUCGCGUUGAAACAGCGAGGUGAAGCCCCCGACGAAGCGGGCGUUCAGGAAGAAGCAUUUGUGAUAAGAACGUUCAGGAAUGGCGUCGGCGUCUUCGUCAACAAGCUGGGUAUCGAAGGCAUCGUCAUGUUCAAACGCGACGCUACAAAUUUUGAUGCGGACAAUUACACGAUAUCAAUACCGGAUUCACGAGGAACGGGGAACGUUGAUAUAGGCGUCUUUGAUAAAGUAACCGUUCGCAUAGAGGUAGAGAAAGACAAAAACACGCAGCGAGGGAAAGUGAAGAUGACUCUAGUUCGUCCCGUGGAUUCGAGUGCCUUGUAG